GUACUUACCGCUAACCCUAAUUCUCUCUCUCUCUCUCUCUCUCUCUCUCUCUCUCUCUCUCUCUCUUCUUUUGGAGCUUCUUUCUUCUUCUUCGUCAAACAACCCAUUUGGCCAAUUGUGCGUUUGACCAUUUGGACACCACCAAAAAUCCCCCCAACAACUAAUCUCUCCUGGUAGAAAAACAAAGUUCAACAACCCAAACUAGGUUGCAAAGACUUUUUUUUUUCUUUUCCUUUUGUUUUUGAUAGGCAGGUUGCAAAGACUUGAGCUAGUUCAUAUCCAAGAAAGGUGGAUCAUAAUCGAAGAAAUGACAAGAGACCCACUCGGUGUGAUGAAUCGACGAAGAAAGAGGAAGAAGAAGAAGAGGAAAAAGAAGCGAUGAUGAUGAUGUUGUUUCCGUUCUACUCGGCUCAAUCCCAACACGACACGACGGUUAUGGUCUCAGCUCUCACUCAAGUGAUUAGAAACACCGACAGAAAACCCACCCCACUUCAUGAUCAUUUGCCUCCUGAUCAUCAUCAAAACCCUUUAGCCUUGUCCCGAUCAGGCGGCACGGCGGCACGCAGCUCAUCGUCUCAACCCUGUCAAGAUCAAGGGAACCAGAAGAAGAAACACUACAGAGGAGUAAGGCAGCGGCCAUGGGGGAAGUGGGCAGCCGAAAUCCGUGACCCGAACAAGGCUGCCCGAGUCUGGCUAGGCACGUUCGAGACGGCCGAGGGGGCGGCCCUGGCUUACGACGAAGCGGCUCUCAGGUUCAAAGGAAACAAAGCCAAGCUCAACUUCCCCGAACGAGUCCAAGGGCGGAGCGAGUUCGUUUACCUCUCCACCCGCCACCACGACUCGCGAGUCGGACCCCGCCGAGUUCCUAACUCAUCACUUCCCCCUACUCCUCCUCCUCGACAAAUUCGGUCUAGAGAGCCAUACCCUAAUCUACUCCACUAUGCACAACUACUUCGUAGCGGGGGCAAUGAUGUGAAUUACGCCGGUUCAAGCGGAAACCCUAGAGGGUCGACACUUGUUUCUCAGCCAUUAACUACUACUUCUACUGCUAGUACUGCUACUACUCUGGCUCCAAUGGCUUCAACAUUUGGACAACAAGAAGCAGAAGCAAAUGUGGGUCCAUCGGGCCGGAUACCGAAUUAUCAAAACGAACAGGAAGCAGAUGAUCAUGACGAUGAUCAGGUGUUGAGAUUUGCGACGCAGUUCGGGAAUUCUUGUUCUAGUUCUGAUCAUCCGAGUGGCGACUGGGGAGACUUUCGUAGGUGAUACUUACAAUCAAGAGUGCACCUGAGGAACAUCGGCCCUGGAGAAUCAUCCCAGAUUGGAGGAUAGAUAUCCUCGAAUGGAGUGUGGAUUGAUAGAUUCUGAGAUUGUGAUAUAAGAUUAGGUGCAUGGCCCUGAAAGGAUCCAACUCUUAUUAAUUACUAGUUAGUAGACGCGAAUCAAAGUCGCAUGGUGCUCUGCAUCAUU